GUAUGAGGAAAAAAAAAAGGUUCUAUAACGAGUAAAAAAAAAAAUUAUGAGAAUUAAAAUUAAAGGUAAUGUCCACCGUUUAGUGUGUGGAUGAGGCAUGGCGUUGAUGGGAGAGAAAUUUCGAGUGUGUGUAACUGGAGCAGGUGGAUACGUGGCUUCAUCGCUAGUGAAGCUUCUCCUUUCUAAAGACUACAUAGUUCAUGGCACCGUCAGAGAUCCUUCUGAUGACAAGUAUGCUCAUUUGAAUAACCUUGAUAAAGCUGCUGACAACCUUAAGCUAUUCAAGGCAGACUUGCUAGAUCCCAACUCACUUGCUGGAGCCAUCAAAGGAUGCGAUGGGGUAUUUCAUGUUGCUAGUCCUGUUCCUUCCGGCUCUGUACCAAAUCCCGAGGUAGAACUUGUUGAGCCUGCUGUGAACGGCACACUUAAUGUUCUCAAGGCAUGCUAUGAAGAAAACAUCAAGAGAGUUGUGUUUGUGUCUUCUGUUGCUGCUUCUGCCUUGGACCCCAACUGGCCAAAAGGCCAAGUGAAGGACGAGACUUGUUGGUCGGAUGGUGAAUUCUGCAAAGCAACUGAUAACUGGUACUGUUUUUCUAAAACGGUGGCUGAGAAAGAAGCUUGGUCAUAUGCAAAGCAAAGUGGACUUGAUUUGGUAACUGUGCUCCCAACACUUGUUAUAGGGCCAAUGUUGCAGAAGACAAAAAACUCAAGUAGUUUGGUACUCAUUAAGCUGCUGAAAGAAGGAUACGAAGAGCUGGAAAACAAGAAACGGUUUUUGGUAGACGUACGUGAUUUAGCUGAUGCUUUACUGCUAGUCUAUGAGAGACCUGAAGCUGAAGGUAGAUACUUGUGCAUGGCUCAUGCAGUGAAAUCAGAAGAUUUAGUUGCCAUGCUAAAGAAACAAUAUCCCAACUACAACUAUCCUAAACGUUUUACUGAUGUGACGGAGGAUGGUGGUUUUAGUUCAGAGAAGCUGCAGAAGUUGGGUUGGCAAUAUAGGGCACUGGAGGAAACUCUAGUUGAUGCAGUUGAAAGUUACAAACAAAAGGGCUUUCUUGAUUGAAGAAAAGACCCUUUUUUUCUUGUUGUCGUACUAAAUAAUUGCUCUGUAUGUUUUUCAAGUUUUCACACUUGCAAACUAGUCUGGAAUAAGGAGGUUACACUAUGGUACCUUUUGAGUUCUAUUUAGUUGUUUUGUUUUGCUCUCAGUUGAGGUACAGAUUAACUCAACUUAUUCAA